GCCUGGCCAAGUGGUGAGGAGGUGAGGUCCCAGCAGGGCUGCAACUUGUCCUGACUGAGCAGUGACUCUCCGCACUGCAGAGAGAGACAGGAACCUCCCAGCAGAUCCCACCAGGCACCCAGCAUCAUCCCUGUGAGGCUGCUGGGAAGAUAGCAUGAAGAUCUGGCUGGCUGACAGCUUUCUGCCCCUGCUGCUCUUCACCUGGCUGCCCACUGGACUCACUCAGCAAAUUUCAGCCACCAUCGAUGCGUCGCUACAGUUAGAUCUCGUCUUGCAGUGCCGGCUCCAGGCAUGCUCAGGCAGCACCACCUGGGAGGUGAAGUGGCUCAAUACCACCCGAAACAAUGGAGAAAAGCAGAAUGAAGGUGAUGUGAAAAAGAGUUCUGCCCAGCUCAUCUUCACUGGUGUGAACACCGCAGAUACAGGAACUUACACAUGCAGAAUGGAGAACACAAGGAGUGUACUCAAGGAUGGUCGGACACACAAGUUCCCCAAUAGGAAAGGGAAAACUGUCCACAGCCAAGUCUCCCAAACCAACUCUCCACAUUGGUCACCUUCCUGUGAGGGACUUCAACAUAGCCAGUCCUCCAUGGGGACAACUCUACUCAAGAAGCCCCAAAAGACAGAGACAGUCAGCCAUCCCACAGAAUCCCUCAUCACUGUGGAGUGCAGGUUUAGGAUUUGGUUGGAGAAUAUCACGGUACAUGUGGAGUGGUACAAAACUGUGUGUUUAGACGUGGGGAAUCCAACCGACACCCUGUCUCUGGGAGAGAACUGUACCAAUCUCACCAGCCUUGGUGUGCAUGCAGCUGAUGUGGGAAUCUGUGGAUGUAAGGUGUUCAUCACAAAAAUAAACUUGACAGACACUGGAAAUGGCACUCAAGGGACAGGUCCUGACUUUGGCCUUGGGGCACCUCAGACCAAUGGCACCAAGAAGGAGACCUGGACUGGACUCAACUUCUUCCUGUGUAUCGUGUGCGGCUUAGUGGUUGCGACACUUCUUUACGUGCCAGUAAUUGUCUUUCUGCUGUGGCAGCGCAGAAGGAACAGAAAAGUUGCUGGUGAACGUCCAGUUACGGCACAAGCUGUGGUGCAAGUGAAACAAGUCUUGCACAUCAUCGCAUUUCCAGAAGUGUCCAGCUCAGAGCUCUUCUCCACCCCCUCCAAGGGCUUUUAA